UCGAUUCGUGAGCUGAAGCCCCGCCCACAGGCAGAGUCACGGCGCUGAUCCUUCUCCACGCAGCCGUUUUCCUCGCACUUCUGAAGAGAUGGAGCUGACCACCUGUUCUGGACCGAGACACACUGGACACACGAGCUGCUCGUCCGCUCUGCCCACCGUUUCCAUCAGCGACACGGAUUAACCGCCGGAACUUUUCCUCCAGCUCUGCGUGGAAACGGCAGCAUCACUUCAGCUUGAUUCACACCGCGAGCAGUCAGAGGCGACACGGUAACGGCAGACGCUGCCGUAGGUCUGCUCGCAGCUUCGUUCUCCGAUUAAGAGUGUUGCUCCGAGUCCAGGCCUUCGGACUAGCUCGUAUCUUUCGACCCCCUUUCGUUAUUUGUGUUAUUAGAGCGAUGCCGAGACUACAGCACCCGAACAGCACCGCCAGCAUUGCCAACAAUGAUUAUGAAUGGAGGUACGAAUACUACGAUGACGAAGAGCCUGUGUCCUUCGAGGGACUCAAGGCGCACAGAUAUUCCAUUGUGAUUGGCUUCUGGGUGGGCCUUGCAGUGUUUGUCAUUUUCAUGUUCUUCGUGCUGACUCUGUUGACCAAGACAGGAGCUCCACAUCCAGAGACUGCUGAACCAUGCGACGACUGUGUGCAUCUGACCAGCUGUGUUGAAGAAUUAGGCCGUCAGCGGGAUGCAGACAACACCAGACCUGGUUUAUCUCGGCCCUUACUGGAGGAGUCUCGCUUUCUCUUCAACUGCUACAUUAAUGAAGAUGAGCAGGCAGGAGAACGCACUCUGGACAGAGCAUGUAGAACUCAUGCACAGUCCAGCAGCACAGAGUCGAGCGGGCAGGGGGAGACUGUUGGCUUCAUCGUCCAGAGCACACAGGUGGAGACAAGGGAAGACAGUGAGGCAGCUUUUCUAGCUCACUUUAACAUCCCAAACUCUGUGAACUCUGAACUCAGUUCCACAUUGGGUGAUGAUGACUUACUGCUGGGCGGGGCGCCAAUAAUCAUGGACAGCGAGUCUCAUACACGCAACAUGCAUCACAUUAAAGACUAAACAUUUACCACCAUCAUUUUCACCAAAUGGAUAUAAAAAUUAGUCUGAGUGGAACUAAGAACAUGCAUGGACAGUAAAUACUGUGGCACGUCUACUCUGAACAUCAGACUAAAGUCCAUAAACAAGAGUAUGUGAACCCAUUUUAAAGAAGAGAACACAGUGUUAGCAUUCUCUUACUAGAGCUCGGAGCAGUGGGCCAGGUGCUACAAGACAGAAGGAUGUACCUCUUGGCAAGCUACCACCAAAACAUAUUUCCAUUUAUCCUCAUCUGCCCUCACUGUGCUGUAAGAAUAACAUUCUUUUGUUGCUGCGGUGGCUAUAAAGAGCACAAGCUACAACCUCUGGACUCCUGUUUCUGUAACCUGUGGAACAGGCUGGGAAAACACCUUGGGAACACCGUUCUUGAAAAAAGAGAGCGAGAGCGAGAGCGAGAGAGCGAGAGAGAGAGAGAGAGAGAGAGAGAGAGAGAGAGAGAGAGAGAGAACGAGAGAGAGAGAGAACGAGAGAGAGAGAGAGAGAGAGAGAGAGAGAGAACGAGAGAGAACGAGAGAGAGAGAACGAGAGAGAGAGAGAACAACUCAUUGAAACCCCUUUGAAGGGAGUGACUACAUGACAGCAUUGGCGUCUACAAGCCACUGUACAUUAAUCAGCUCGUUGUCAUAUUCCAAUAACAACCAGAUCACAUUAGACUGAUUACACAAAUCAGUGUGAUUAUACUGUAGAUUACGACUUUCUUUUAGGAGGUGUGUCUCUGGGCUAGGGUCAUAGUUUUUGAGGCUGGUUUUAGUCUCAAGAAUGAACUGGACUAGACCUCUAUGACCUUGGGGCUUGUGAACAUUUGCACUUGUCAAGACCAGUUACAAACUGUGCCAAGAUACUUAAAAGCGAGAAUCCUAUUUUUUUGUUCUACAUUAAAAAAACCUGCCUUUACAACUGUAUUAUUCAGAGAAAUAGGAUAUGAUUUAGUGAGGACCAUGUAGCACAUUUAUUCUGCUGGCUUCAUGUUACAUCCAGUCAACGUUUUGCUUGAAAUUGAUUGGAAUCAUGCUGAUCUUUAACUGGACCAAGAGUGAGGGGUUUGCAUUUAUAUACAAUAAACAAGUUUCAUUUGUUGCUUAGUUAAUAAAAUUGUGUUUCAUAUAUUAUAGGAUAGUACAAGAGGUGCAAAGAUCACUCAUUUUUUCAUUUUUUAUGCAAAGCUGCAAUAUAAUUAACACUUCACUCUUUAAUGGGCCAAACUGACAUUUAAAAUUCUUAAAUAAAAAAGUAGUUUCCUAUUUUAAUUACAAAUAAACAUCAAAAUAAAAACAGUGAUAGUGGUACAUCAAUCUAGGCAACUGGCUAUUUAGGGCAAUGAGUGAUAUAUUGAUGGUUAUUAGGAACAAGUGCUUGUUUGGAGCAAAAAAAUGGUCUGAUCUUGGAUUCUUAAUGCAUCACUAGAUCCUACCAUGCUGGUGCAGGGGACUGAACUGAAAGUCAUGCAUAUUGGAAUACUGGAAAUGGUUUAAUGCUCCCAGUGUGGUGUCACUGAAAAUUCCCUUAGAACAUACUGACUGUAUUGGGCCUCAUUACCCCUGCUUGAAGUGCAGCCUUUGGCACAUAGAAACAAUGUAACAGAGCAGUUAUGGAUGUAAUUGUAGUCCUGUGAUUUGUAACUAAACUGAUGGUCUCUUGUUUGAUAUCACAGCUUUUGUUUAGAAGAAUUUUAAUUUGCCCAAUUGACAUUUUAAAUGAUUUUAUUUGGUAUCGUAUCUGCACUGAACACCAGUAUUGAACUGUUUAAAGUUGUUCUUUGUCUUGCUUGUGAGCAUAAGCACCUUGUUCACGCUAAGCUGUACAUUUAUGAUUUUCAGAACCAAUUACAUGCAUAUAUAGUGCUUAACAGUGCUUAACAUCUAUAGUGCUUAACAGUGCUUAACAUCUAUAGUGCUUAACAAUGCUUAACAUCUAUAGUGCUUAACAAAUGUGAGAAAUGUGAUCUUUUCUAUACAGCAUUGUCAAAAAACCUGCCCUCUCCCAGUCCUUUUAAUGAUUUUAGUUGGAUCUAUCUGUUCUGUCCUGUUAUUUAAAAAUAAUAUACUGUCCUGUAUUGUGCUGUGAUUUUCCCUGAGCAGCUUUUCCCACAGCUCUCUGGCCACCUCAAACCUGAAUCUAGCCUGUGUCAAGGUUUUGUGUAAAUCUGUAGACUUAGCUUUGUUCGAUAAACAAACAAUACUGAUGUACAUAUAUGACAGGUUGUCUUGCUUAUAUCUUUGUUCGUGCCUGUUCCAGUCUCGUUCUCUUCCAAUGUGAGGGGAUAUUCUUUACUGCAGUAAAGCUAUGCAUCUCCAACCUGAGCUCACAAAGAACUUGUAGGAAUUAUAAUAAGUAUAUCAAUUUCAAAGGUUGUAAUUCACUGGUAAUUCAGAUUGCGAGCUCAGAAAGUACAGAUGAUCUUCACAGGUGAGGAAAAAAGGAACAUACAAAGGAUUAAAGAAUGAUGAGGAGAAAAAUAAUAUACUCUAUACUCAAGAUAUUAACUAAUACUUGUUAUAACAAGUAAAAAUUGUAUGCUUUGUUAACAGGCUACAAACUUUAACACGACAAACCUGUCAAAUUCACUUCUCAUUAAAAACUGGAAAAAAUGCAACUUGCGAGUCCGUAUGCAAUAAGGACAUUAACAUUUAUAAAGGGUUAUUCCAUUAGGCUGCUUUUAACAAAGCAUGUUAUAUUUGACUUUGUGUACAUCACAGUGAGGGAAUAUUGAUGUAACAUAGCCUAAAUCUUAUAAAUGGUAAAAUGAAACUCACUUUAUCCGAGGACCACAGAAAAUGCUAGCUUGACUAGUAAACUGUCAUUUUACCAGUAUUAUGUCAUUGUGGAAUUAAGCUACAAACUCUACACAAUUUUUACCCUAGGGGUCAAAAAAAAGUCAAAUAAAUAAAUAAAUACUAAAUAAAAAGACUCUCAGGGCCUUCUAGGGUGUUUAAAGAAAGCCUAAUGAUGUCUACUUUUUAGUUCAGUCAUUUGACAGAAUCAUGGUUGUAUAUUAUCUCUGUAUGUAUUAUUGUACUAUUCUUAUAUUCUUACUUCAGUGUUAAGUUUUGGAUGAGAACAAAAUAGUUAAAUUGAUGAAAAAACAGCAAAAAAUUUGCCAGUCAGGUUUUCAUUUCUAGAGGGUCGGAACAGUUUUGAGAGAGAGAGAAAAAAAAAGUCACUCUAAGCCUCUGGAAGUCUGAGUCACUGACUGAAUAUCAGUGGCAGCCUGUUCAGAGGAUUCAGAGGAAAGGGAACAUAAAGGCGGCAACUCUAUUCCAGGGUUUACUACGGAGUCACUACAUGCCAUAUAUUAUGCUAAUAUGUCAGGUCACAAACUUCAAUUAAAACAUGGAAUCUUUUAGAAGCUUCAAGUGUCUAUGCUUAGUCUAGAAUUGCCAAAAAACAUGUAUGAAAAUCGCUAUAGGCUUAGUGCUAACAAACAGCAGUCCAAUAGUCCAAAAUCAGAGCAAGUGGAGAGUCCGCUGAAAUUAAGUAGACGUGUCCUUUUUUGAAGAACUAGAUGAAAUUUUGGGGACCAGUGCCUGUGCUAACCCCUGCAGAGAUCCUUGAAGGGGGAAGCGUCGAUCUAACAAGCGAUGAAGAAAAGGCAACAAUAUUCCUGAUGAGUGAUGUUUCAGCAGACACGUCAGGCUGUACAGAUCCACCACCAGUUGUAAAGCGGCCAUCAUCAAAACCUAACCAUCCUAAUGCUAAGAGCACCAUCACAGAAGAGGCCUCCAUGAUAAGCUCAAUAAUUGAGCAACAAAGGCCGAUUCUGAGCUGUUCGUCACUAAAGAAGAUGAGCGACACCGUAGACAAAUGGAAUUGGAGCGAGAACACCUUAGGCUUCAAAUGAUGGAGGAGAGACGCCCACAGGCCCAAAUGGAAAGUGACCAAGCCGCGAUGCGAAUAGUUACUCAAGUGAUGGGUGCAGCAAUUUCCCCACACUUCGCCUAUUCCAGCAAUGAACCAACACUGUCAUCACUUUUACAUGAGAUAAACAGAUUCAACAACUAAAUGUCUCAUUGUGACAGCAGGUUUGAGGGCUUUUUGAGGUUUGGAUCUGUUUUGACCUAAUGCUCUAGGACACCUCAUACGCCCUAGGUUAUUUUUGAUCAGUGUUCUUUGCAUUUGGGUAAAGACCUGUUAGUUUGUUUUAUUGUUUGUGUCCUGGUGGUAGAAUGUAGUAGAGUGGUGACUAUUUCAAAUGCAGUAGGUUCAGCAAUACUGUAUUUGUAUUCAGGAGCUUUGAUCUGUUUUUCAAAAGAAGUAUGACUUUAAAAUGCAUCAAGCACACUGUACUUUUGAGAGAAAAUUUUAUUUUAUUACAUUUUAUUACAAUGUACAUUUUUGUUGUACAUUGUUUCAAAUGCACUGUUGAAAACAGGUUAAGUGUUGUUUAAAUGACAUUGUUUAUUUAGAGUAAUAAAAGACAUAAACCAGAGACGUUUACUUUGUCUUAAAAAGAUCAUACAGAAUCAAGAAUCAAGUGGAAUAGCUGUUUUUAAUUUAAAUCUCACUGU